AUGUCGAGCCAGCAGGAAAGUGGCUUGAUAUGCCCUUCAUUGGGUCAGGUUCUCCCAGAGCUAGAGCCGGGGCAGUCUUUCCUACCAGCCGAAAACACUCUACCAUGUCCCGCUGAGCAGGAGGUGGCUCUCUUCCGGCGCUUGCAAGACAUACUCGCAAAGGCUGAAGGCGGGGAUGAGGGUUUCGAUGAUGCACAGACUAUAUUAUGCGAUCUGUGGAAAUUCAGAUCGCGUUAUCUGAGUCAGGCUGCAGAGGCCCUGGCUGAUGGAAGCAGAAUUACAUCGUGGAGAAUCCCAUAUGGGCAAGCUGGUAUCUUGGACUUCUUCCUUCAGAUCAUUGCUUCCAAAGACUAUGAUGACAAUGAUGUGCUCCUUCAUUCUCUGCGGCUGGUCGGAAAUUCCUGUGCCGAUACUGAUGAGAAUCGAGCCAUUGUCGUCAAGGGUAAUUAUACAGCUGCUAUCCUUACCCGCUUGGGCCCCGAGCUGGUACAUGUUGUGAUCCCUGUUAUAUACAACAUAUGUAUCGACUAUGGUCAAAUAAUCAAGGAUGACCUACUUGAAGAUAGAGAAACCCUUCUUGACUUUUCCUACGAGCUCAUAGAGUUGCUUUCAGAACGAGGAAUCCAAUCAUCACCUGAUGGUACAAUUUUAAUUCUCAUGGAGCUUUUGACUGAUCCGGGAAUCUCGUUCUCUCGGUUUGUACCCCUCGCCAACUGUCUCGUGACAUAUUUGAAUCAGAAACGGUUUCAGGAUAUCUGCGUUCAAAAGCAUAUGGUCGACCGCGUGCUGGCGGUGCUAGAGCGGUCAUUAUCCAUUGAAACGGAUCCCUCGUCAGCAGGCGAUACUCAGGCACUGGCUCAGCUCCAGUUGAAGAUUAACCAGACGCUUUCCGAAAUCUCUGCCUCGCCUAUGUUUCCGGAGGCCUAUCCUCUUGACUCUUCCCUGACCCAGAACUUGAAAGCCUGGCUGGCCUCAACGGAGGAUCAACUUCAAAUAUGCGCGUGUGUGAUGCUAGGCAACAUUGCACGCUCCGAUGCCGUGUGCGAAGUACUGGUGCGCGAGAUAAACAUACAUGCCGAGUUGAUUUCGAUACUCGCCUCUGAUGCUAGAGGCGCGGUCCUCCAUUCCGCCCUAGGAUUCCUAAAGAAUCUGGCUAUAGCCGGCGAGAACAGAAAGUACCUGGGCGAAGCUGGAAUCAUCCCUGCCAUCUCGCGCUUAUGGGGAUAUGAGUCCGUUCCCCAAGUCCAAUUCGCGGCAACGAGCAUGGCGCGACAAGUGAUCGUCUCUUCGAUUGAAAAUAUCUCUCGGUUGCUCGACUAUCGUCCCGCUGAUGCGGACUCCACUACCCCCCCGCAGACUUGUCUCUCGCUAUUACUGUCACUCUCGCAGAAAUCGGAUUCGACACCGAUCAAGACUGAGAUCGGACGCACUGUCGCUUCUAUCUGUCGCACCCUCGUCCCCAAAUCCCGCGAACAGGACAGCGAGGCCAACGCAUUACUUGGGCGUCUCUUCACCCUCAACGAGGGUGUGGCGCUGCCAGUCGGUGCUAUGAUCACCCAAUCUCAAUGGCCAGUGGUCCGAAGCGAGGGCUGGUUUGCUUUGGCUCUGAUGGCCUCCAGCAAACAUGGCACUGUAGCCGCCAUCGAGUGCCUGCGCGAGUUAGACCUGUAUCCAUUACUUGAGGAGACCAUGCGGGCGUCGACUUCGGAUUCUACGGACGAGGCCGACAGGGUGAGGCUUAAAAAGGACUGUGAUAAUAUUGUGGUUCUUGUCCAAGAGAUCCUGAAACAUGAUCCUGAUGCUCUCCCUGUUCCCCAGAAGGCCACCUUAGAAGGGCUCGUAAGUAGCCAUGUCUCGCAGCAGUUGAAGGAUACGAGACUGGUUUGA